AUGUCUGCUCCUCAAACUACCCAGAUCGAAUUCCUCCAAGAAGGAGAUGGAAAGACCUUUCCAAAACAAGGUGAUCUCGUUACCAUCCACUACACUGGUACUUUGGAAAACGGUAAGAAGUUCGACUCUUCCAGAGAUAAGGGCAAGCCUUUCCAGUGCACCAUUGGCGUUGGCCAGGUGAUUGUCGGUUGGGACACUGCCAUCCCCAAGUUGUCGGUUGGUUCUAGAGCCAAAUUGACUAUUCCAGGUCAUGAGGCCUACGGACCAAGAGGAUUCCCAGGUUUGAUUCCACCUAACGCCACCUUGCUCUUCGACGUCGAGUUGUUGAAUGUUAACUAG